AUGGCUGCAAACGAACUGCGACUCUCUGGCCUUGUACUUGCUGCCGCACUGGCUGCUCUUAUGCUCUCAGCCUGUGCGCCCAGGGUUGCUGUUGCCAUUCGCCUGCCAUCUGCUACCAGCAGCCAGUGCCCAGUGGGUUAUGUGAAGGACGCAGAAGGCAACUGCAUUGACUCGUGCACAGUACGCAACUGCGGCACCAACGCGAGGUGCCUCAAGAGCCAGGCGGGCUGGGCGGACUGCGUGUGCGACAGGGGCUUCAAGCUGCUGCCCGAUGCGUCCUGCGCCCAUACGUGUGUGCUCCAGGCGUGUGGUGAAAACGGCCAGUGCGUGAAGGACGCGGAGGGGGCGGCAUCCUGUGUUUGUGACCCGUUCUUUGGGCUGGCGCCGGAUGGCAAGACAUGCACAGACACAUGUGUGCUCCAGGAGUGUGGCGAGAACGGCCAGUGCGUGCAGGACGAGAAUGGGGCGGCGUCCUGUGUUUGUGACCCUGGAUUCACGCUGCGGGAUGAUGGCAAGUCUUGCCAUGACGUGUGCGUGGUACGCAACUGCGGCCCCAACGCCAACUGCCUCAAGAGCGAGGGAGGCUGGGCGAACUGCGUGUGCGAAAGGGGCCUCAAACUCCUGCCCAACGCGUCCUGCUCUCACUCGUGCUCGAUAAUGGACUGCGGGGAGAACGCCUACUGUGAGAAGGAGGAGUCUCUCGCCGUCUGUCACUGCAACUGGGGCUACGCCAUGACCGAGGACGGCUGUGUUGGGCCUGCAACCUGCGGGAACUGUCCAGCUGGGGCCACAUGCACUCUUGUCUCAUCUACUCUCAAGGCUCCUUACUGCUACUGCCCUGGUGGCUAUGGCAUGACCAGCACUGGUUGCGUCCGUGGAUAUGUCCCAACCGUCUCCUCGGCGAGUUUCACCUUCUACAACCUGCCCAAGUAUGACUUAACACCCAACACCUACACUCUGCGCGUGAUCUACAACGGCUGCACCAACCUGCCUACGUCUAUUGGUUACUACGUCCAGUCAUACUGGCGAGUGGACCGUGCACCGGGAGGAAUUGGAAACUGCAAGACUAUCUACGUGUAUCGCUAUCCUAACUGUGCUGGAUCGCCCAUUGCUCAGCUCCCGUACCUGUCACUGGGCAGCAUCACUGCACAGGGUGUUCCGUAA